ACCGUCUCCAUUUUUUUUUUCGAAGUUUUUUCUCCGGAGUUGUUUAAUCCGAACCAAUCUGAGGUAUUCGUAAACAUCAAAAGUUCAGGCUUAUUAGUUUCGGGAGGGCAAAUCAAGUUUGUAACUUUGUGCGAUUUCGAUGUAUCAUCCGACGAGGGGUGGUGUUCGUGGUGGUCGAGAUCAAUUCAGUUGGGAUGAAGUGAAGGCUGAUAAAUACAGGGAGAAUUAUUUGGGUCACAGUAUCAAAGCCCCUGUUGGAAGAUGGCAAAAAGGUAAAGAUCUUCACUGGUAUGCUAGGGACAAAAAAGGAAAGGGUUCGGAUACGGAUGCUAUGAAAGAGGAGAUCCAGAGAGUUAAGGAACAAGAGGAACAGGCCAUGAGGGAGGCUCUUGGCUUGGCACCAAAGUCCUCUUCAAGACCACAAGGUAAUCGCCUUGACAAGCAAGAGUUUACGGAACUUGUGAAGAGGGGUUCUACAGCAGAGGACUUGGGUGCAGGGAAUGCUGAUGCAGUGUGGGUUCACGGCCUUGGUUAUGCAAAAGCACCACGACCUUGGGAAGAUCCCAGCACUCUUGCAUCCUCUCAGAAAGAAGACGCAGAGCCAGCAUGUUUGCCAGCAGAAACAUUAGGUGUCAAAACUGUUGAAGAUGGACCAGAUGAUGUUGAGAAGGACCAGAAUAAAGAUAGGCAUGAAGAAAGGAAACCUGCAAAGAGAGAUAAGGAAGAGAGACAUGAUAGGCGUGAAAAACGCGAAAGACAUGAGAAGCGGCGCACUCGUGACUCAGAUGAGAGAAAGAAGCACAAGAAAGAGAAGAAGGACAAAAGGAGGAGGCAUGACUCUGAUUCUGAUUGAAGUUAAUUGUGCCACGAUGGAUCCUUUUUCUCUGAAGAUGAGUGGUCAGUUCUUGUUACUAAAAUACUAGAAUCCAGCUGUGAUCUUGUGCAAGAGUUAUAUUUGUUGCUCAUUUCGUGUUCAGAUCAUGGAGCAAGAAAUGAAAUCUAUCAAUGUGCAAGUGUUGUUGAAUAUCGAUGAAAAAUCAUUUGGAAAACUGAAUACAUCUUUUUCUUAAAUUCUGAUU